AUGCAACCACUCACUUUUGAUAAAAAGCUUACAUAUUUUUUCAAUGUGGUUAGUGCUACAUUGUGGUUUUGCUGUUUUGCUCGGUUCUUGAUUUUACUUCCGUUGGUAGGGCGCCGUUUCUUACCUGGUGGCAUUGCGGAUUUUUUCCAUGUUUGCUCCCUUUUCCCAUUGAUUGGAGCAGUAUUGUUGAUUGUGCUAGGCCAUAAAAGUGUUUCAUCAUCAAUUUGGUCAAUUACCGGUGGUCUUAAAAUGGCUUGGAUCUGUUAUGGUGUGAUUUUUCCUCACCCAAAGAUUGCCAAACAUACGACUUAUUCAAUAUUAAUCACAGCAUGGUGUACCCAAUAUCUUACUCAUUUCACUUAUUAUGCAUUCAGAGUCAGGAUGAGAUACUCACCAGCAUUAUUGCGCUGGUUUGAGUUUAACAAUUUCUACCUCACUUUCCCAUUGCAAACGGCGGCAGAAAUGCUGAUGCUUUUCUUGAGCUUGGCGUUUGUUGAAGAAGGCUCCUAUUACGAAGGGGUACUCAAGGCUGCGUUCAUUAGCUAUAUCCCAGUGGCAUAUUUUACAUGGGGUCACCUUAAAAGAAGAAGAAUAGCACACACGACGGUGAGAGCAACAUCGACUCAAUCAGAUGAUUUAAGUAUACCACCAGUAACUAGCGAGCAACUGGUAAACCAACAGUGA